AUAUGGGUAAUAAAUAGGGACAAACAUGAUCAUUUUACCUUCUAUAAAAUUCUUAGGAUGACUAUUUUCUGAACGGAGGAGCAGUUCUUAACCAUAUCCGUGUGGCUGCUGCGUGAGCACGCAUGCACCCGUGGCUUUACGAAGCUUCCUCCAACCAAGCUCCGAGGAGGAUUAGUAUAUGGUCAACUAGCUGGUCAAAUAUCUGAGGCUAUUGAUGGAUCAUUCGUGCCACUGUUUAUUAUAUAUAGCAACUACAAGCUUUCAAGCCAGCCAGCCGGCCGGCGAUCGAGAAUGGCCGACGCCGGAGGAGGAGCGGACGGCAGGCGCGCCCGCGUCGCGCUGUUCCCGCUGCCGUUCCAGGGCCACAUCAGCCCGAUGCUGCAGCUGGCCGGCGCGCUCCGCGCGCGGGGGCUCGCCGUCACCGUCCUCCACACGGCGUUCAACGCGCCGGACCCCGCGCGCCACCCGGGGCUCGCCUUCGUCGCGGUGCCCGACGCCAUCCCGGAGGCCGCCGCCGCCGCCGCGGCCAACGGCAUCCCCAAGAUCCUCGCCCUCAACGCGGCCAUGGAGGCGUCCGGGCGCGUCCGCGUCGCGCUCGCGUCGCUCAUGGCGGCGGCGGAGGGGGAUGCCGAUGCUGUCAAGGCCUCUCUUUGGAGAUCAACUAGCUACCGGAAGGUACGUGGCGGAUGCAUGGAAGAUUGGGAUUUUGCUGGAGGGUGUGCUGGAGCGUGGGGAGACCGAGAAGGCGGUCAGGAAGCUGAUGGAAGAAGACGAGGGAGCUGCGAUGAGGGAAAGAGCGAAGGAUUUGAAGGAGAAAGUGAGGAUGUGCCUUGAGCGUAGUGGGUCUUCUCAGCAGGCCGUUGAUAAGUUGGUAGAUCACAUACUUUCUCUUCGAAAGUUUCCUUUUUCCUAGCUGUAGCAUCUGGUAUACGCCGGACGACCAUGGAUGUCUGGAGCUGUCAUGUGUGUGCAUGCAUGGUUCCAGCUGAAUAAGCCAACUUUUUCUACUGGGUUUAUAGUCUAUAGUUGUCGUUUGCCAUUAUUUAUAUCAUGUUCAGUCAUGUGCAAAAUGAACACUCAAGACUCUGUAUGGGCUCUAUGCUUUGCAUGUUGAAAUGAAUUGCCUCACCGCGCUCA